UUUUUAUAAUAUGUUUAGAAGAUUUUUUCUAUUAUCAGAAUGUAUUUGUGUAAUUUUUUUUUUUUUUUUUACACAUGGAAAAAAUAGAGUUCCCCAAAGACGAAAAAAUGCAGUCGGUUUUUGCAGGGUUUUUGUUCCGCCAUCUUCAACUAAAAUUGCCUUGCGCAGCGUUGCCAUGGUUCAAUCAAACAAGAAGUUGAAACAAAAACUAAGAGCAGCUAAAGCUGAAAUGUUAGCUGCUUCUGAAGUUAAAAUGAUCAAUCCCAUUAACGUAGAGGACCCAAAUUCAAAAUCCCUCAAAUUUCUUCUUAAUUCAGCGACCCAUAAACCCAGAUUAUCUAAGAGGGAUAAACGUAGAGAAAAGGCGCUGACUUUGCAAAAUUGGCAGAAAGAGAAAGAAGAGGUUAGGACUAUGAGUGACCAGAUGAAAGGAACACAAAAGAAGAGACAGAGAGAUGAAAGUGAAGGGUUAGAGAAGGAUAAUGGGGAGCUAAAGCAAGAGAAAAAGCCUAUGAAGAAGAAGAAGAAGAAAAAUAAUAAAAAGAAGAACAAAGGGAGGCAGAGGGUAGAAGAUGGGGAAGUUACAGAGUUUAUGAAUGUCGGAAAUGGAGAAGCAGCAGCAGCGGAGACUAGUAAAACAGAGGACAGGGAAGAAAGCAGUGAUAUUUCUAAGAAAGUUUAUGUCGGAGGAAUUCCUUAUUAUUCUACUGAGGAUGAUAUUAGGAGUUACUUUGAUGGUUGUGGCACCAUUACAGAGGUUGAUUGUAUGAGUUUCCCUGACAGCAGAAAGUUCAGAGGAAUUGCCAUUAUCACUUUUAAGACUGAAGCAGCCACUAAGAGAGCCAUGGCACUGGAUGGUUCUGAUAUGGGUGGACUAUUCCUGAAAAUCCAGUCAUAUAAGUCAGCUAGAGCUAUCAAAGUUUCCAACUUCUCACCAAACAUGGUGAAGGGGUAUAAUAGGGUAUAUGUGGGUAACUUAUCAUGGAAUGUAGCAGAGGAUGACUUGAAGAAACUUUUUUCAGAUUGUAGCAUAAGUUCUAUUCGAUUCGGUGAAGAUAAAGAAACAGGAGAAUUCCGGGGUUAUGCACAUGUAGAUUUUGCUGAUAGUCUCUCUGUAAACAUGGCAUUAAAGUUGGAUCAAAAGAUUGUAUGUGGUAGACCUGUUAGAAUAAGCUGUGCUAUUGCAAAGGAAGGAGCUGUAACAAAAGGAGGGGCAACCAAUUCGAGACCUGCGCUGCAAGAUCAAAAUGCGGACAGUGUUGCAACAAGCACUGUUAGUUCAAAGAUUAGGAGGCGAACCUGUUAUGAAUGUGGAGAGCGUGGACACCUUUCGUCGUCUUGUCCGAAGAAACAAAAAACUGAUCGAGCAGAACAAGUUUUAGUUGAUUUUUAGUUGGAGACUGCAUGUGCUCAAAUUUUUAUUUCCGCUCAGAGAAAUUUUGGUGGUGAUUUCUUAUUUCCUUGGACGACAUUUUUAAGUUCAUUAUUUGCUUUUUCCCUAGUGCCCGAGUGUUUUCUAGUAAGACUUCAGUUGAUGUGUAGUGAGCUUCACAAGUACUUCCAAUGUUUCAAUUGUCUCUGCCGAAAAGCAAAAAAUAUCAAACAUGUGAUAGAUAGACUUCUACGAGAUUCGUGAGAAUACCAAUUAUUAUACUGUGCCCCUGGUCA